UUGUGAUUGUUCUGAAUUCUACUUUCAGAUUUUCCAGUGAUAAUGGCAAACUUUGAAGUUAUCACGCAAUCAGCAGUCAACGUGACAAUUACAAGCAGUAUCUCUAGUUUUGCGGUUGAAAAAAGAUAUCCGAAAAAUAUUUCAAUUGGAGAACUGAAAGGGAAAUUGGAACUUGUUACCGGUGCUAGUGCCAGAUCAAUGAUAUUGGAGGUCUAUGAUAGAGAAAAGGAAUUUGUUUGUGCAUUAACAAAUGACAAUUCUCUGUUAGGCUCUUUUCCUAUUGAUGAUGGAAUGAGAAUUCAUGUCAAUGAUAGCCAAUUGAAAAAGGGAGAAUUUGAAGAUGUGUCUAAAGUAGCCAAAUUUGAACUUAGCCAAGAAGACUAUUCCAAACGUUCAGAUUCUGUAAAAGCUUUCCUAGAACGCAACCGGCUUGGCAAGUACAAUGAAGAAGAGGUUAAAAAGAAGGCAGAAGAACAAGAAGCAAAAGAGGCUGAAGAGGAAAAAAUUGCAAACUCUCUUCAAGUCAACCAAAGAUGUGAAGUCACUGUACCAGGACAAGCCUGUCGGCGUGGCGUCAUUAAGUUCAUUGGGAAAACUAGUUUCAAAUCAGGGUGGUGGAUCGGCAUCCAUUAUGAUGAACCUGUUGGAAAAAAUGACGGUAGUGUGGACGGGACACGUUACUUCACAUGCCCAAUGAGAUACGGCGCCUUUGUCAAGCCAGCUCAUGUUAGUAUGGGAGAUUUCCCCGAACUUUUUGAUGAAGAAAUGGAUGAGAUGUGAUGUCCUCUUUAUACUUAAUGCAUAAUUUAUUCCAUCAGGUUAUGUUGAAAGAAAUUUGAUGUAAACACCAAAAUACUCCUUCAGGUUAUUUCCUGUGUUCUUUUAAUCCAACCAUUGGUCAUAAUAAACACAAGUCUUCGGUUGAA